AUGGACUCCGAAAUAGUACUAGACGGCAAGCCCUCAGAGCUCUUCCCACUUUACGACGUUCCUCAAGCACCCGCCCUCUCCAAGAAAGAAGAGAAGCAGGUGUCAUUUUUCCUCCUAUUCCGCGAGCAGUGCCACGACGGACCGCUCUAUACACAGGCACGUACUCAGAAUGGCGGCAGGUCGGGACGCACGUACGGCCAGGACCAAAUCAACAAACGAUACGGCCAGACAAGCAAGGCCACAGUAGACCCCUUUUUCGCGGUUCCAACCUACUCUCAGAAGUUCAAGCAAGUCGAGCGGACAUUGCCUGACCUCGACACCCGACCUUUUGCGAAAGAAUUCUUUCCCUCCGAGCUUCACGCGACACUGGACGGCGACGAUGGUCCGACGAGCGGGCCAGCCAAUAAACGGCGCAAGACUGGACCCAAGGUACUGGCAUUAUCCAACAUCACUUCCCUCAAGACAGCGGAGGAGCUAUUCCUCCCCGAGACACAGCAGUCUGUUCUGGACGCCACUGCUAGUUACGACAAGGCGAUGCAGGUCCUGAAUGCCCUGGAGAAGCGUAACGAGGAUGGCGACGACGAAGGCUUCUUGUCCAGCGAGGACGACGAUGACUGGGUCAAGGCAGCAAACGAGGACGAUGAGGCUGAGGCGAACGUCGAGGAUGAAGAUCAGUAUGACGACGAAUCCGGCGACGAUUACAACGCCGAGGCGUAUUUCGAGGGUAACCAGGAUGACGAAGAUUAUGAUGAGGGAGGUGAUGACGGUGGUGAUUACAUGUAA